AUGCACAUGUAUUUCGAAGAACAUUCGCCCAGGCAGGGGCCUGUUGGUUCACUCCGACAGCGACUGAGGUUGUUACUACUAUGGCUUAUCGCUAUUGAUGGCGACGAGGACCUUUUACUGAAAUAUAAGAACUACAUUCCUAUGUCCUCCAUGACCAACUAUAUAUUCUUCUUUGGGGGCAGAGUGCGAACAUUACGAGGACGCAGGCAGUUAUCGCUGGGCGUGCUGUUUAUUAUUGUGGUCCCUGCAGUGCUCUUUUCGAUCUUCGAGACACACCCUAUCUGGUUGCACAAUCAGGGUUACAAGAGCCUUGUGGUAUUAUUUUAUUAUUUCUGGUGCUUGACUCUGGCGAUGUUUCUGAUGGCAGCAACUUCAGACCCUGGGUGUCUACCAAGAAACUUGCAUGUUCCUCAAGUGUCACGCAACUUUCAAGUACCUCAGGAGUACUAUAACAUAGUGAACUUACCAUCGAUCCGACAAGAUAUACCCAUACAAAUGAAGUAUUGCAGGACAUGUCGGAUCUGGCGUCCUCCAAGGGCAUCGCAUUGUUCGACGUGUGGCUGCUGCGUGAUAGUUCAUGACCACCACUGUGUCUGGAUCAACAACUGUGUCGGUCAGCGUAACUAUCGUUUCUUUAUUACAUUUUUGUCAAGUGCAGUGAUGACGUGUAUCUUAUUGAUCGCCAACUGUGGUACCCAUUUGCAUCGUACUGACAAUGGUUCUCACGGAACACCUGUGUCCGUGUUAUUAAUUAUUUGGGGAGGUCUAUCGAUAUGUUAUCCUGCUACAUUAUUGUCAUACCAUAUAGCUAUGACAGGUACUCAACAGACUACAAGAGAAUACUUGGUGCAGAUCGGAUCCAAAAACCCUGUGAUGCAUCGGAUACGAUCGAACGCUCAAAAUGUGUUUGACACACGUCAAUUUUUCAAGAAUAUGUUCUUACUCAUGGCGCAGGUACGAGGGCCCAAAUUAAUGAACCCCAGGGAGUCGCAUCCGUCGGGGGACUGGCGGUUCAUGAAGUUACCGUGA